AUGUUCCAGGUCCGCCUGGCCGUGGUUGAAGCCCUGGGUCCCAUGAGCUCCUUAAUUCCCGAGGAAAAAUUGGAAGAACAAAUCCCAAAAAUCCUGCCUGGAAUUCUCAGCCUCUACAAGAAACACCCGGAGCCUUUUCCCAUCUCCAAGAGUCUUUGUCAAAUCCUGGAAUCCUCGGUGGCCGUCGGGAGCCGGAGCCUCGAGGCUCAGCUGGAAUCGCUCCUGGCAACUCUGCUGGCCCAGAUUUGUGCUCCAAUCGAUCCCAACGUCCCCACGAGCACCAAAAACCACACAGAGCUCCUGCGCUGCUUCUCCGUCCUGGAAUUCCAUGGAAUUCCCUCAAAAUUCCCUGAAUUUCCCCCAAUCCCCUGGUUACCCACAAUCCCCUGCUUUCCCAUAAUCCCUUGCUUACCCACAAUCCCCUGA